CUUGAAUGAUCAUUUGAUUAUAAAAAUGUCUGUUUUUUUAUAUUUGGAAAGUUUUAAAUUGUGAGGAAAUGCUUAACGUUAAUUGCCAGUUUUGGGUUUUUGAGUUGUCCUAAGUUCUUUUUGUUUUCUUUUAAUGAUUUCUUCUCUGAAUAUGACCAUAUAAUUACAUUUUAACAAUUUAUUUUUGAUCUUAGUGUUGCUUCAUUAUGCCCACUAUGCCUGAACUUGAGAAGAGUUUUUUCUUUCCUUAUUUGUUUUUAUGUUAAAUUAAUCGUAUUUACAGUCACAAAAUGAUAAGUUGCGACAUGACAAAAUAUUCUUGUUCUUGAUAGUUACUUUUUUUCUUAAGUAUAUUUGUAUAAAGAGUUCUCUAAAAUGUGGAUAUUUUGCAGUUCACAAUUCAGGCAUUUUAUUUGUAUCGUUAGUGAUAUAAUUAUGUAUUGAGUACUCCAAAAAACAAAACAGUAAGCUGUGUUCAGAACAAAAAUAAUGACCUCCCUCUUGUUGAUUCCUCAGGAGUCUACCGUACUGACACACAGGGGAUGUCUCCUCCAGAGGUGCGGCCAUAUGUCGUCGCAGGGAACAACCAGCCCAGGGAGAGCAGUCCCAGGUCUGGGGCCCCUGGCUGGGCUGCAGAUAAGAGGGGCCACUACAGAGACCAGCACAAACCAGAGGAGUCAGAUCCAGACCUGCUGUUGGACGAGGGGCACAACAAUUCCACACAGAUUGUGGACAUGGAUCACGCUUACUAUACAUCUAAAAUCUACGGUUCUGGAGACGCAGCCAGUAGAGAGCUGUGGGUGAACAUCGACGAGAUCGAAGAGGAUGAGUGGAAGGCGUGUGGCUUUCUGUCCAACACCUACAGACAAGCUGAGAGAGUGAAUCUUUCCUUUGACUUCCCUUUCUAUGGACACAUACUAAAAGAAAUCACAGUGGCAACUGGAGGUUUCAUUUACACUGGAGUUAUACUUCACCGUAUGCUCACAGCCACUCAGUACAUUGCCCCUUUAAUGGUGAAUCUGGACCCAAGUCUGUCCAAAAACUCUUCUGUGUUUUACUUUGACAACGGCACUGCACUGGUGGUUCAGUGGAACCGGAUUCACCUCCAGGACAACACCAGUCUCGGUACUUUCACCUUCCAGGCCGUUCUGCACAGCGAUGGCCGUAUCGUCUUUGCAUACAAAGAGAUUCCUUUAGACCUCAACGACAUCAGCACAGAGAAUCAUCCUGUUAAAGUGGGCUUGUCGGAUGCUUUUGUGGUUCUUCAUGAGAUACAGCAGAUCCCCAAUGUUCGGAGGAGAACUAUUUAUGAGUAUCACAAAGUCGACAUCCUCAAGUCCAAAAUCGCAAAUUCUACAGCUGUGGAGAUGCUACCUCUCCCAACAUGUCUCCAGUUCUCCAGCUGUGGUCCAUGUGUCACUUCUCAGAUUGGCUUUAACUGCAGCUGGUGCAGUCGGCUACAAAGAUGCUCCAGUGGCUUUGAUCGUAACCGGCAAGAUUGGGUCGAUUCCGGCUGCCCGGAGGAGAAAAGAGAUCUCCGGUGUCUCGGAACAACUGAUGUUACAAACGCCGAAUCUCGCCACCUCACACACACGACCACUUCUGUUGCAACGACCACAAAGCAGCAGCGGUCGUCCAGCAUGACCUCCAGACCCCCCCGCAAGACCUCCUCCGUCACCAACCCCUCAACGCACAGCAGCACAGGCAGAAGAAUAAUGUCCACUCCGCAGCCUCCAACCAGCAAACCUGCAGAAGAUGACUCAAAGAUCUCUUUCCACAUUAAUGAAGCACCGGGACACGAGGAGACCACGGGAGAGCGUGACGAGUGGCCGCUGAAUGGUCUGCUAGCGGGCAUCGUCAUGGUGAUGGUCGUCAUGGGAGCGGCCGUCCUUAUGUCCGUCUACAUGUACAACCACCCGACGUCCAGCGCCAGCCUCUUCUUCAUGGAGCGGCGGCCAACUCGCUGGCCAAUCAUGAAGUUCAGGCGAGGCUCUGGUCGCCCUUCUUACACCGAGGUGGAGGCUCCCAGUCAGGACAGCAUGGUGGUCAUCGACCCCAAACAGUCUUUUGUCAUGGCAGACAGAAGAGAGAGUGAACAGAAAGAAGGAUUCAUAGUUCCUGAUCAGAGGGAGCGCUUCCUGGUCUCAGAGAGCUGACACUACGUAUCCCUGGAGGUUUUGGGACAGAGCUGGAUCUCUAUGUGACGGAGACUUUAUUUUCCAUUCAGCUGCUGCUCAAGUUCAUUUUAAGGAUAGAAUUUGAGUGUUCAGAGAGGAAAACACCAAACCUCUAUGAGGAAAGUAACUACAUAAUAUAUUUACAGUUUGGCUUCAUGUUUACAUUAAUGAGCCAUUCCUAAUGUAAAAAAGAUAAAAAGUUUAAAUGUAUUUAGUCCAGGUCACUCAUUUGUUUACUACAGCUUCACAAAGUGCAAGAGCUGAAUGUUUGUUUUGAGACCGUUUUCUCACAAAGACGGUUGUUAUUUUCCAGAGUUAUGUGUUGUUCCCACACCUUCACAAAGAGGAAUGUCGUAUUCAGGUGUCAUUUCCUCAUCUCAAGAAUACAGACUGAAUUCCUCACUAUUACACCCACCUUCAUCGGAGGGCAAACAGGGUGCACAAUGAAUCGAAUGUCUGGGACCUUUUUGAAUUUUUACUUUAUUUUCUGAACGAAGUAAAAGCAGAUAUAAUAUAUUACUGAUUGGUUUGCUGUACACUUCCACAUCACAACCAUGGGGAAAAAAAUACAAAUCUAUUUGUUUUUAACAUGAUACUGUCAUUUUCUUUCAGUAAAAACAGUGCAAAUUGCAUGUAUUUAUAUGCACAACUAAUGAUGUUACAAUGAAGUCUAUAAAAAGUAUAAUAAUUGUUUAGGACAUAUGAAAUCAUCUUUUAUU